AUGCAUCCCAAUCUUCCUGGCUACAUGUACUUUCAAGCCAUGCGAUUUGCUGUGGAAGAGAUAAACAACAUGAGCACUCUCCUGCCAAACAUCUCCUUAGGAUAUGAGGUAUAUGACACCUGCUAUAUACACAACAACAUUCAUCCAGCCCUGGAUUUCUUGUCAGAUGAGGAGGUUUUAGACACAAAGAACAAUUAUACCAACAACACUCCAAAAGUAAUAGCAGUUAUUGGACCUGAUAGCAGUGAUGCUGCUGAAACUACAUCUGAGCUCUUCAAUCUUAUGCUUAUUCCACAGAUGAAUAUUUUUACAACAAAUGAAAGACUGAGCCUUUCAAGUCUGCCAUCUUGUUUUCAGACUACUCCCAGCAGACGAAUACAUCAGCAAGGAAUUAUAGAUAUUCUCACUUUUUUCAACUGGACUUGGAUUGGUGUCCUGGGAAGUUCUGAUAACUAUGGACUACACAGUGUCCUGCAUUUCACUGAUGCCAUAUCCAAUUCGGAUAUCUGUGUUGCCUAUCAAGGACUGAUACCAAUUAAAGUGUCAGGCAAGGAAGCAGAGUUUCGAAACACAAUACUGCAAGUAGUCAACAGUAUCCUUUACACUAAGGUCAAAGUCAUAGUUGUAUUUUCUUCUGAUAUGGUGGCUGUGGAAUUUUUUAAGGAGGUGAUAGAAAUUAACAUUUUGAGACAAAUCUGGAUUGCCACAGAGACUUGGUCAGUGUCCAAAAACAUUUACACCCUUCCUAAUAUUAACAGAAUAGGGGUGGUUUUGGGAAUUGCUCUAAAGUUUGUGAAGAUCCCAGGCCUUGAUGAAUACCUUUUGAAUGUAUAUUAUCAGCAGAAGAGUCGUUCUAGAAAACAAGAUGAGUAUGGAAAUUGUAAUCAACAAUGUGACAGCUGUCUUAAUACAACAGUAAAUAACUUUAUUGCUGCUUCAGAAAAACGUGUAAGCUUCAGCAUUUAUACUGCUGUGUAUGCUGUUGCACAUGCGUUGCAUCUCGUACUUGGUUGUAAUCAAACACAUUGUAAAAAAAGGAACAUAUAUCCAUGGCAAGUCACAGAUGCUCUAUUACAAGUGAAUUUUUCGCUGCUUGGAAACCAAAUCAACUUUGAUCAAUAUGGUGACUCUCACACUGAUUUAGACAUUGUUUUCUGGAAUUGGUGGGGAACAAACCCAUUUGAAAUGAUUGGUUCGUACACAAUGAUGGGAAACCUUGAAAUUAGGCCUGACAAAAUACAAUGGCAAACAACAAAUAAUCUGGUUCCUUCCUCUGUUUGUUCAAAUGAAUGUCUGUCAGGACAAGAAAAGAAGCAGAAAGGAACCCACAAAUGCUGCUUUAUUUGUGUGAGCUGCGCUGCUGGCACUUACCUCAGUGUUAAUGGAACCUGUACAAACUGCACCAAAGAGCAAUGGUCUACAGAAAGAAGUAUCUCCUGCUUUACCAAAAAAAGGGUUUUUCUGUCAUGGGACAACACUCUAACAAUAGUUAUAUUUGCAUUGUCCAUUCUAGGAAUGCUGCUUACUGUCCUGGUGAUAAUAACAUUUGCUGUGCAUUUACGUAGCCCAGUGGUUAAAGCAGCUGGUGGUAAAAUGUGCUUCCUUAUGCUAGUUUUCCUGUGUGUAGCAUAUCUCAGUAUUUUAGCCUUUAUUGGAGAGCCACGUAUGUUAAAGUGCAUAAUGAGACAUCCCAUCUACAGCAUUGCUCUCGCCAUCUGUUUUUCUUACAUUUCUGUACGAUCAUUUCAGCUUGUUUGCAUAUUUAAAAUGGCUUCCACGCUGCCCGCCACCUAUGAUUACUGGGUGAAGCGUAAUGGGCAAUAUGUUUGUUUAGCAGUUCUUUCUGGCUUCCAGAUACUUAUUUCAUGCAUUUGGAUUAUUACCAACCCCCCUGACACUGCAAUAAUAGACUUGAAUGAACAUGAGGUUCUCUUAGAGUGCAGCGAAUUUGGCUCAGUGGCUAAUAUCUUGCAAUACAGCUACAAUGCCCUUCUAAGCCUUCUGUGUUUUACUUUCGCCUACAUGGGAAAAGAUUUACCAAAAAACUACAGUGAAGCUAAGUGCAUUACAUUUGCCAUGUUGAUAUAUUUUGUAGUCUGCAUUUUCUUCUUUACUGCUCAAUUAAUUGAUGUAGGAGAGUAUGUAACACCAAUCAAUGCAUUUCUGGCUCUGACUAGUCUACAGGGCAUUGUUGGAGGGUAUUUCUUUCCAAAAUGCUAUAUUAUUUUCUGUAGACCUCAAUUUAAUACAGCUCAGUACUUCCAAACAACCAUCCAGUCAUAUACCAAAAGGGAAAGUGGUGGUUCUAGGUAA